GCUCACUCCGCUCUGGGACGCGUUGGUGUCCGCGUGGUCCGCCGCUCUCUCGCGGAAGAUGCUGUUCGGGUGUCGGGGACUGAGACACGCUCCGGUGGGCUCCAGGUACGCGUGGGAUACUGACGGUUGACCUGCUCUUCUGCAUAAUGAGGACCUUCUCAUCUGCUAUUAACAGUGAAAACCUUCUGACCAGCUCUAUGGAACACUGAGGACCUUCUGACCCGCUCUGAGGAACACUGAGGACCUUCUGACCCGCUCUGAGGAACACUGAGGACCUUCUGACCCGCUCUGAGGAACACUGAGGACCUUCUGACCCGCUCUGAGGAACACUGAGGACCUUCUGACCCGCUCUGAGGAACACUGAGGACUUUCUGACCCGCCCUGAGGCACAGUGAGACCUUCUCUGCUUUGAUGUAUAUGAGAAGAUUCUGAUAUGCUCUAAGCCCAGUGAGGACCUCUGAGCUCACUGUGGACCUUCUGACCCUACCCAAACCACUUGGUUUGUCAUGACAUGUUCCGGAGCAGUAGAGGUGUCAGCUGUGCCACUUUCAGUGAGGGGCCCCUGAGGGACUCUCGGGGGCAUGAGGGCCCCUUCCACACAAAGCUAUGUGCAACAUCUCCUUUUGUGAUGUGGACAGUAAAGUAGACCAGUACUUCCAGCCUACUCUGUACAUCAUAGUCAUCGUGCUUGGGCUGCCCACCAACUGCAUGGCUCUGUGGGCCGCAUACAUGCAGGUGCGGCAGAGGAACGAGCUGGGGGUGUACCUGAUGAACCUGUCUGUGGCCGACCUGCUGUACAUCUCCACCCUCCCGCUGUGGAUCGACUACUUUCUGCAGCGCGAUGACUGGAUCCAUGGGCAGGAAAGCUGUAAGCUCUUCGGCUUCAUCUUCUACACCAACAUCUACGUGAGCAUCGCAUUCCUCUGCUGCAUCUCCCUGGAUCGUUUCCUGGCUGUGGCCUAUCCUCUGCGCUUUGCCAAAGUGCGCCGUGUCAAGACAGCUAUGCUGGUCAGCGCUGUGGUGUGGAUCAUUGAGAUUGUGGCCAACUCUGCUCCUCUUUUCCACGACGAGCUGUUCCAGGACCGCUUCAACCACACCUUCUGCUUUGAGAAGUACCCCAUGCAGGACUGGGUGGCGGGCAUGAACCUAUACAGGACGUUUCUGGGAUUCCUGGGCCCUUGGACGGCCAUGUUGGUAGCUUACCGAGGGAUCCUGGCAGCAGUGCGUUGUAAUGUGUCCACAGAGCGUGAGGAAAAGGCUAAGAUCCAACGUCUGGCUCUGAGCCUGAUCCUGAUUGUGCUGCUGUGCUUUGGGCCCUACCACACUCUGCUGCUGGUGCGCUCCAUCAUGUUCUUGAGGAGGCCCUGUGACUGCAGCUCAGAGGAGAACCUGUUUGCCGCCUACCACGUGUCUUUGGCCUUGACAAGUCUCAACUGUGUGGCGGAUCCCAUCCUAUACUGCUUUGUCAACGAAGGGGCACGCAAUGACGUGGGUCGAGCUCUGAUGGCCCUACUGUCUGCAGCCUGCCACAGAGGCUCCGCCUCCUCGCCCUCCCACGCCGACAUUAUCACAGGCUCUGUUACCAUGGAUACACCAUUAUCCACCAAGAAAUAUGCCUGUGUGUUCACUGAUACUGAUAAGAACAACAGCUACAAGACAGAGUUGGUGGCUUUGAAACAGGAGUGCCUGCAGAUGACUAUCCUCAGGAAGUGAGCAGUAAGUCUGGCUUUCACUGCUCUGUGAGCACAAAGUCUGGUUCUGAGCCCGACGCACAGGGUCCAAGCAGUGCUACCAUUAGUGAAACUAUUUUGUAUUUCAUUUGAACAGUUAACGUGGUCCAAAUAAAGUCUUCUUAUUGUAACUGCUAGCUGCUCCACUUUUUUCUUUAUGUCUUCAAAUCCGGGCUCCGCUCUGAUAAGGGG